AUGCCACAUUCUGUCAACCUCUUCUCGACUGACACCCUCAUCUCGAAAACCUUCCCUUUGGACUUCUUCUCUACCAACGUAUGGCCUACGGAGCCAUACGCAGCAAACGGCUUCAUCGCCAGCGUCAGCAACGUCAGCAACACCAGCGGGUUAGAAGUCCUUCGCUGCACCUAUAAGGAAGACUUUAAACGUAUUUUACUCCCCGCUGUGUACACUUUUGUCUUCUUGCUCGGACUUCCUCUCAAUGCUGCUGUCAUACUAAAGAUAUGGAGGACUCGGCCCAAUCUGUCCAAAAACAACAUAUAUAUGCUCAACUUGGCCAUUGCCGACUUCCUAUAUGUGAUGUCCCUUCCCUUGCUCAUCUACAACUACGGCAGUCAUGACUACUGGCCCUUUGGGGAGUUUGCCUGUAAAUUGGUCAGGUUUCAGUUCUACAGUAAUCUGCAUGGCAGCAUCCUCUUCCUCACCUGCAUCAGUGUGCAGCGCUAUGUGGGCAUUUGCCAUCCUAUGGCGAUGUGGCACAAGCAAGGUGGUCGCAGGUCGGCGUGGUAUAUCUGUGGAGGGGUGUGGCUGGUCGUCGUCGCCCUGUGCGCGCCAACGUUUCACUUUGCUGCGACAGGAAUCCAGCGAAACAACACGGUGUGUUAUGAUUUAAGUACGCCAAAGAAUUCAGUGGAUUAUUAUCCUUACGGCAUAGCGCUGACCUGCCUCGGCUUCUUGUUGCCUUUCAUGGGGGUGAUGGUGUGCUACUGUCGGAUGGCCCAGAUCCUCUGCCGCCCAUUCUCCUACCAGGGUGUCUCCAUGGCGACUGGGGAGAAACGGGACAAGGCGGUAAGGAUGAUUAUUGUGGUGGCGGUGGUGUUCUGCAUAAGCUUCCUGCCGUUUCACCUCACCAAGACCAUGUACCUGGUGGUGCGUACUCUGCCUGACGCGCCCUGCGAGACCAGAAACUUGUUCUCAAUCAUCUAUAAAAGCACCAGGCCGUUUGCCAGCAUGAACAGCUUUCUGGACCCGAUUCUGUUCUACUUCACCCAGCCACGCUACCGCCAGAGCACCAGAAGGUUUAUGCGCAAAGUCACCACCCUCAGGGAAAAGGGCACCAGUGUGUGAGCCAACAAUAUUCCGCAACAGUGUUUUAUUAAAGCCUUGUUGCUUCGCCACUGGUGGAUCCUAGGAGGCUGCAAAGUGGUACAUGGAUUGGUUGCCGAGUUUCCUCGUGCAUGUUCUAAUGUUAAGUCCUUUAUGCUUUUACCUCGUACUCACUGCAACAAAGAACCAUACCUUCCGAAGAGGGUCUUAAAGAAAUGUAGAGGUACUGGCAUAUCAAGAAGACUUCUGAAAUGCAAAAUGAAGGUUGUAAUCUUGUCAUAUGAAAGGUAAACAUAGACUGAGAAAACUAGGAGGAAAAAUUCCCAAUUGUUUUGGGGAAUUCAGGCAUUUGGGACACUUCUCAUUGAGAUUACAGAAUACAUCUUGUCUUUAUUUCAUUAUUAUUGUGACUGAGGAGUGCUGUACAUGUACUAUACUGUCAGCAGACAAGGGCAUUCACAUCCUGCAUUGUCACUGUUAUCUGUGAAAUGUUUACUUUCAGUCUCCGCUGUGCACUGGGUAGUAAAGGAGAAACUGUUUUUUUGUAAAUAAUUUUGGUUUCACACUUUGUAACGUGACAAAAUAAUGAAGAGUUUCUUCUACUUUAGCAGGCCUCUGCAGUUUAUAUAGAAGUAAAGGUAAAAGAUGUUGAGAUAUGUGUGAUGUGGAGG